AUGGUCAAGAUGCUCGUGGGCCUCGGCGCCGACGUCAACAAAGCGUCCUGGGACGUCGCGCCGCUCUACCUCGCCGUCAAGAAGCGCUACAAGGAGACCAUGCGGGCGCUGCUCGAGGCCGGCGCCGAUCCGAACGCGACCCACAAGGGCCAAAUGACAGCGCUGCUCAUGGCUGCGUGCCACGGCGACUUGGAGCUUGUCGACGCGCUCUUGGCGGCCAAGGCGGAUGUCAAUCAAUGCAGCGAGCGAGGUGUCUCGCCUCUGUACGCUGCGUCUGUCUUUGGCUACGUGGAGAUUGCCCGCCUUCUUGUCGCCGCUGGCGCCAACGUCAAUGUGGCCGAGCACCAGUUUGGUCUCUCGCCGCUGCUGAUUGCAGCCCACGCUGGGCACAAGACGCUGGUCAAGCUGCUCCUGGCUGCUGGCGCCGACAUCAACUACUGCAGCAAGCGCCCGGAUGCGUACAAGCGUGGUGCGUGGAGCCUGCACGGCGACGACGUUGCCGGCUUUAGCCCGCUCUGCCUCGCGGUUGCCAACAACCAUGUUGAUGUUGUCCUUGCCCUCAUCAUUGCCAAGGCAGAUGUCAACAAGGGGUCGCCUCCACCACUCUUGCGCGCAAUCCAGCUCGGCAGCUUGAACAUGACCAAGAUCCUCCUGCGUGCCAAUGCCAAGACGGACACGGCCUUUCAUGGCGAGUCGCUUGUCUCGCUCGCAGCCAAGCUAGGCCACGAAGACAUUGUCCGCGCGCUCGUCGAAGCCGCCAAGCAAGCCAAGGUAGACCAUAUUCUUUAG